AUGGCCCAGCGAGUUAAUGAUGUUAUGAAGCUGUGUUGCGAGUUAUCUGCCAACCAGCAGAUUAAGUCCACGGUGAAGGGCUCGGGGAAAGGAGCGGCGGCAGCUGGAGGGCUCGCUUUCGCCGGGGGAUUGAUCGGUGGUCCUCUGGGUAUUGCUGUAGGUGGAGCAGUGGGAGGCCUCGUGGGCUGCUGGAUGACCAGUGGACAAUUCCAACCGCUGCCUCAGAUCAUAAUGGAGCUGAGCCCUCAGCAGCAAAGGCAGCUUUAUGACGAUCUAAUGGUCAUCAUGGGGGACAUCCAGUGGACAGAUCUGCUGCAGCUCAGUAGUCUGGUGAUGGGGAACCUCGCCCUGAAGCAGCAGCUGACAGCUGCUCUUAUUGGGUACGUCACCAAGGAGCUACAGUCCGAGGUGCACUAUGUGGAUUAG